AUGGAAGCUGACAUCAACGAAGCCAACGUGAGUAUCAACAUUGAAAGUCCAUCAACAGAUCGAGGAGACGAUGAUGGGGAGACGGCGAAUACAGGUGCCAUCGCAGGGAUUGGAGGGGCGGGGUCAGAAAUCAGUCAUAAUAUUGACGAAUUGGACGAACUAACUGUUGCUACUGGCCAUUUAGAUUUAGGUGAGUUUGCUGGCAGUGAAGUCGACUUGACGGAACCCUCUGAACCUCAAUUCGAAGAUGCUUUUCCAGUUGAAACAGAAACAGAGGAUAGUGAGCAACAGCGCCCUCAGCAAUUGAUCGAUGGAUUUGAAGCUGCAAUUAGCGGCGAUUUCAAUAAUUUACUGACUGAAAACGAAAGGCCGCAGGAAUUCUUGGAUUGCGUUGAUAAUGAUGACGAUAACAGUGAUGAAAAUGAUGAAAAUAAAGUUACAGAAAAUAUUGAAGAAGCAAGCAAUACAGUUGACGACCAGCAACAGUCGGAAGCAACAGAUCAGUUGGAGAAAGAACCUCCUAAAUCUAAAGAGUCCACCUCUCCUGUCGAUGAAGAACAGAUUACUGAAGAUUCGCUAGAUGGUGCAUGUGUUAGUUCACAAAUAAAAGAUGUUGACACUGGAGACAUGCAACCAGUUAGUCAGGAGAAACCGGACAACUCAGAGACGAAUGUAUCAAACGAACCAGAACUAACGACUUGUUCUAAAGUGAAAAAGACAAUAUCUGUUGAAAUCCCUAAACGACCAGAUGAUGGGUUUGAAGUGCAGCUUGUUGGGAGUCCUGGGAGUAGUCUAUUAGACCAUCUUAAAACCACUCAAGACGUAGAUCCCCCUGAGACUAAUACAGCUGAUCGUAGUAGCGAUGUGGGUGUCAGGAAAUUCUUCACAGAUGAGGUUAUAGGCACUAGUGAUAAUAUUGAAGGGAAGAAUUUCUUUGAUUCGUUCACAACCGGCGGAUUAGAUAGUCUUGGUGAAUCUUCUUCAUCAAUUGGAUCUCGUCAUAGUGGCUCAUUUUCGCAAGUUGAAAUACCUUCACCGAAAGAUAACUUUCAUCAGGUGAUACCGUCAACACCGCCCAUUGACGAAGUGUUUUCCAGUAUACCAGCAUUCCCCAUACCAACCAGCUCACAUCAGCCGUUUCAUCGUUCAACAUCUUCAGAAGGUGACGAUCCAUUUGCAGCGGCUAUCAAGCUGAGUGAUGUUGACAGACGGUACAAUGCGUGGAUCCCACCAGAGGCAACUAGACAAGUACUAGUUGCCAGGGUAACCUCCCCAGGUGCCAUUAUUGUGGAUCCAAAUUUGUUAACGAUGCCAGCAGUUUUGAUGGAGGAAACUCAGGGUGACCCAGUCAAAGAACUUGUGCAUAAAUUCAUGGGGGAACAAGAAAGUAAUAAAAGACAAGUUUUGACUCUGGAUACUGUCAGUCAAAAUGAAGAAGGCCUUCAGCAACUUAUUGCUGCUGGAUGUUACCGCUCUGCUAUCGAUUUAACAGCUCGUAUUCUGGACCGCUAUAAUCAAGGCAUCGGAGCUCUUGGUAAACAAUCAUUGAACACUCCACUUACACUACAGAUAUGGUUCACCAGGAUAUCGUUAAUGAUGAAACUGAGACUAUUCAGUGCAGCAGAGGCAGAGAUUGAAUCAUUUGGAAACUUAGACAGACCCGAUUUAUUCUUUGAAUUUUAUCCUGAUCUUUAUCCUGGAAAACGAGGUUCUAUGGUACCAUUCUCAUUCCGUGUGUUACAUGCUGAAAUACCGCAAUACAAUAGCAAGGCACAGGAAACUAUUGAUAAGCUGUAUUAUUUACAUGCUAUAGUUACUAAGAUUAUCAGUAAUUUAGAAAGUGGAUUGGCUGAAGAUGGAAGUGGUAUUGAGUUGUCAGAUGAAAACAGAAAGGCUUCUCUAAAUCUAUGGAACUCAAGACUGAUUCGUGUUCUGUAUUCCAUUGGUAACUGUCUUGUCUUCAUGAAGGAUUACAAUCAGGCUAGCAAUGUGUACAAAGAAUUGAUGACAAAAGAAGUGAAAAAUGCAGUACUGUUAUGGAGUGGUAUUGGAAGACUGCAUCUACAGCUUGGUGAUGUAAAGUCUGCUGAGAAGUGUUUUAAGGAGGUUGAAACCAUAGCAACCAGUGAAAGAGACAAAUGCCAAGUUUCAAUGAAUAAGAAAUUAAUAUACAUAAAAGCGAGGGAGUUGUCAUCUGCACAUGCAGCAGAGGGCCAUAGCGUGACAUUGUUUACAAACAAACGUCUACCAAUGAGUCUUUGCAAUUUUAACGCUACAAACAACACCGCAGUGUGCCUGUUGUACAUUGGCAAACUAAAAGAAGGACUGAAGAUAUUGGAAUCAUUGGUGUACAGUGACCCGACUAGAUACCAACAAGAAGGCGUACUCUUUAAUUUAUGCACGAUGUACGAGCUAGAAUCGUCAAAAAGCAUGUAUAAAAAACAGAAAUUAUUAGAUUUGGUAAAUCAACACAAAGGAGAUGGGUUCAACGUACAGUGCUUAAAAAUGAUAUAAGACGUAAAAACGAUGUACAAGAUGUAAAAAUAUUGUGGAAUACGCAUCACUGCGUGAACAAAGACGAUAUUAUGGAAUUUAAGUGACAACAUCAAUAGUUUUCUCUAGAACCAUGUAUUGCUCUUAAAGUUUUAAGUUGUAUUAUCGACAAAAUUGUGUUUGAAAUUUUGACAUAUCAAGUAAUAUAUGUACUGCAGUAAAUGCAUGAUAUGUGUCCUAUUGUUCUUGUCGAUAACUGAUGGACAUCACCAAACAGUUUGGUUGGUUGUGAUUUAGUUUUCAGUGUCAUCAAGUUACCAAAUCGCACACAUUCUCUGUUGAACAAUUGAAGAUGGAAUACUGGUAAUUAAUAUUACAAAUUCAAUAUUCUAUGUGAAGCAUUUUGUAUUACAAUUAUAUCUUGAA